CUCUGUCGUCGUUAUAUUCGCCCCAUCAAUCCGGAAUGGUCAGACCUUGCUAAAAAGCAACUGAAGGGCAAAGACCCAGAAGUUCUUGUACACGAGAACUAUGAGGGGAUAAGUUACAAACCUGUCUACACAUCAGAAGAUACAGAAGGCUUGCGUAUUGAACUUCCAGGAAAGUUUCCUUUCACUCGUGGACCCUACCCUACCAUGUAUACACAGAAGCCUUGGACAAUUAGACAGUAUGCUGGAUUUUCCACAGUCGAAGAGAGCAACAAAUUCUACCGCGAUAACAUCAAGGCUGGAGUCCAAGGGUUGAGUGUUGCGUUCGAUCUCGCCACUCACCGCGGUACGUCUAAAUUUUCUAAUCUAGUCACUUCUUUAGGGUAUGAUUCAGAUAACCCACGAGUUCAUGGCGAUGUCGGUAUGGCUGGCGUUGCAAUCGAUAGUGUAAACGAUAUGGCUCGUCUGUUUGAUCAAAUUCCUUUGAAAAAUAUCAGCACUUCAAUGACUAUGAAUGGAGCCGUGCUACCAAUUUUGGCAAUGUUUAUUGUGGCUGCCGAAGAACAGGGUGCCAAACAAGCCGAACUGGCCGGGACGAUCCAGAACGAUAUUUUGAAGGAGUUUAUGGUCCGAAACACAUAUAUAUUCCCGCCUGCUCCAUCGAUGCGAAUAAUCAGUGACAUUUUCGCCUAUACUGCAAAAAACAUGCCCAAAUUUAACUCUAUUUCUAUCUCCGGCUACCACAUGCAAGAAGCUGGAGCGAAUGCGGUUCUUGAGAUGGCCUAUACCAUUGCUGACGGGAUCGACUACUGUCGCCUGGGAGUGGAACAUGCUGGACUAAAUAUUGACGCGUUUGCCCCACGUUUAUCCUUCUUUUGGGGGGUUGGCAUGAACUUCUACAUGGAAAUUGCCAAAAUGCGUGCUGCUCGCCGGCUUUGGGCCAAGUUAAUCAAAGAGAAAUUUGCUGCCAAGUCGCAGAAGUCUCUGUUGCUGCGUGCUCACAGUCAAACCUCCGGAUGGUCUCUCACGGAGCAGGACCCAUACAAUAACAUCAUUCGCACCACUAUUGAGGCUAUGGCCGCCGUGUUUGGGGGCACGCAGUCGUUACACACCAACUCCUUUGAUGAGGCUCUUGGUUUACCCACCAAGUUCUCCGCUCGAAUCGCUCGGAAUACACAGAUCAUCUUGCAAGAAGAGACUGCGAUCACCAAAGUCGCUGAUCCAUGGGCUGGAUCGUUCAUGAUGGAGUCCCUUACUGAUGAAAUUGAAGAGGCCGCAUUGAAAGAAAUAACAGAAAUCGAAUCUAUGGGUGGAAUGGCCAAAGCAAUUGAAGCUGGGAUUCCGAAGCUACGAAUCGAAGAAUGUGCUGCCAAGCGGCAAGCUGCUAUUGAUAGCGGUCAAGAAACUAUUGUGGGUGUCAAUAAAUAUCGGUUGGAAAAGGAGGAGCGGGUAGAGGUUCUGGUUGUGGACAAUACAAAAGUGCGCGAGUCGCAGAUUGCCAAGCUGAAACAACUUCGAGCCGAGCGUGAUAACAGUAAGGUCGAAACCUGUUUAGCUGCCAUCACAAGUGCAUGCGCCUCAGAUGAUCGCAGUCACAACUUACUUGCUCUCUCUAUUGAAGCGGCACGGGCCCGUUGUACAGUCGGUGAGAUCACAGAUGCAAUGUCCAAAGUGUACGGUCGGCAUAAGGCUGCAGAUCGCCUUGUCUCCGGAGCCUACCGGAGCCAGUUCUCCAAAUCCGAUGAACUGCAGUCUGUGAUGAAGGCGGUCGAAGAUUUUGCCGCCCACGAAGGUCGACGUCCUCGAAUUCUGGUGGCGAAACUCGGACAGGACGGCCAUGACCGUGGUGGCAAAGUUAUUGCUACCGGAUUUUCGGAUCUCGGUUUUGACGUCGAUGUCGGACCUCUAUUCUCGACUCCAAGUGAAGCUGCUCAACAGGCUGUAGAUGCAGAUGUUCAUGUGGUUGGCGUCAGUAGCCUGGCUGCCGGGCACAAGACUCUGGUUCCUGAGCUAGUCAAAGAGCUGUCCAAACUAGGCGGAAAAGAUAUUGUUGUGGUCGUUGGCGGAGUAAUCCCACCCCAAGACUACGAAUUCCUACUGGAAAAUGGGGUAGCCUGUGUCUUCGGACCAGGAACUCGUAUUCCAGAGGCUGCUGUGCAAGUCCUCGAAGCCAUAAAAAAACAGCAACAACGAAUAUAACCCUUCUGACCGAUCUGUUUCAUGACUUCCCACGAAGUUUUUUUUACCUAUAUGCGUUGAUUUACGAACUCUUCAUUUGCUGUUUAGAAGCAUUACUUAGAUGAUUCAACAUUCGUCGAAUUUUACUGCAGAUCAGACGCUGCACUCGUGCUUCCAUUUUCAUCCUUAAUCUCUUUUUUGCACUCCGAUUUCCAUCCACAAAUUGGUCUUUCUGUUUUGAAAUUACAGGAGCACUUAGUUGUUUGUCUUCAAU